AUGAAUCGAAAUGAUGCAAAUCACGUGUCGAAAAGUUUAUCAUUACAACAACGGCGAACACAGAGCGUCGAUGAAUAUUCAUUGAAACGAGUGGAUGGUGAAGUUUUUGGAGAAAAUGGUCAACAAAUAAAUAAAGGGAUAUCAGAUGGUUCUUGUGAUCUAAUAGAAGAAUGUAGUGAUAUUUAUGGAUGUAAUGUACCCACAAGAAAUGCCGGUAAAUUACCACCAGGAGUGCGCAGUCGAGCUUUUAGACGAUCACGAUCCUGUUUUGCGCCUUCACCACAUUGUAGUUUUGGACCAAAAGCUACAUUGAAAAAAAUACAAAAUAACAACCAGCUGAUUGUUAUUCAGGACCCGUCCUCUCAACGGCUUCAUUGGCUCAGUCCGCCAAAAUACGUUCUUAUAAUUCGUAAGCCGGGUCAAUCGACAGUGCCAGAAUUUCGUGCACUUGUACUCAAUCUCCUAAAACGUGAUCUGACAGUUUACAUAGACUCAUCCGACGAGACAUAUUUAUCUUUUGAUAAGAAUGUAAUUGACAAAGACAAAGUGACUGAACGAUGCAAACUUUUCGAUCAAGAACACGACAUAUCACUCAUCGAUUUAGCGAUUUGUUUGGGCGGUGAUGGUACGUUGUUGCAUGCUUCAAGUAUAUUUCAACAAACUUGUCCGCCGAUUUUAUCAUUCUCAUUGGGCUCAUUGGGAUUUUUGACCCCAUUCGAUUUUAAAUAUCACGAUAAAAUCCUAAAUGAAGUCUUAUCCGGUAAUGUGGCUCUUCUACUACGAACACGUUUAAGCUGUGUGAUUCAAAAAGACACGUCCGAUACAUCCAAGGUUUCUUCAGAUGAAAACGGUACAACGACAGAACGCAGUGAUGAUGGUAAAACUUAUCUUGUUCUAAAUGAAGUUGUCAUUGAUCGUGGACCUAAUUCCUAUCUGUCCAACUUGGAUUUGUAUAUUAACGAUAAAUUUAUAACCAAGGUUCAAGGUGAUGGAUUGAUUAUUUCCACUCCCACGGGUUCCACAGCUUAUGGAAUGGCUGCUGGUGCUUCCAUGGUUCAUCCGAAUGUUCCUGCAAUGGUGAUCUGUCCUAUAUGCCCACAUUCUUUGUCUUUUCGACCGAUUGUUGUACCAGCUGGCCUUGAACUUGAAGUGAAGGUAUCUGAAGAUACUCGUUUAACUGCAUGGCUUUCAGUCGAUGGACGAAAUCGACUUGAACUGGAACAACAAGAUAGUGUCCGAAUCACUACGAGUAUUUAUCCUAUUCCAUCCAUAAGUCGGUUCGAUCAACUGGGAGAUUGGUUCGAAUCUUUGGCAGACAUCCUCCAUUGGAAUCUACGAAAACCACAAUCCAGCCUUGAAACUGAUCAAGAUUUGCAAUUGGAAGAUGGAGAAAGCAACGAUUUUGCUCCGAUAUCGUGA